CAAAGUUCAUCCUCCAAGAGUUACGCAACAAGGGCUCAUUUCAGGACAGCUAGCCUGCCAGUGGGAGGGGAGAGUAACUCUGCUGCUUAAAAGUGUGGGAACAAUCGACCCUCUGUCCCUACUCCCUGCAAAUUCAAGGAAUCCAUCAUGGCUGAAGAAAAGCAGACUUGUUACGAGGGAAGUAGCGUCCAAAGCUUUCAGUUCUACCUGGAACACUCUGGAGAGCACAAGGCCAUUCUCCAGUGUGUGCACAACCUUCUGCCAGGAGAAUUUAAAAGAGUUGCUGAAGGCAAAAGCAGCCUGGAUGUUCUUGGAGUAGGGAGUGGCGGAGGGGAGGUGGAUGCCCAGAUGCUCACCCUGCUGCAGUCCACAGUACCUGCUGUCCCGAUCACUGCUGACAUUGUUGAGGGAAGUUCUGCACUCACUGACAACUUCAAAGCUUUGGUUGCAAAGACGACCAACCUUCAAAAGAUCCCAUUUGCUUGGCAUAUCAUGCACAGUGAGGACUAUGAGAAGCACGUCAAAGCCAAAGGAGUCAAAAAAUUUGACUUCAUACACAUGAUUCAGAUGAUCUACUAUGUGGAUGACCUCGCUGAGAGCAUCAAGUUCCACCACAGCCUCCUAAAGAAAAAUGGCAGGCUUAUGAUCAUCAUUGAAACAGCUCACGGUGGCUGGGACACGCUGUGGAAGACUUACAAGAAGGACCUGUGUGUCCAUGCCAUCACAGAAUACCGCUCAUCAGCAGAGGUGAUCUCCUGCCUGAAGAGCCAGGGUCUGAAGUAUGAGGAGCACGUCAUUACCAACGCCUUCGACAUCUCCGAGUGCUUCAAUCCAAGCAGCCAGACUGGACAACGUCUGCUGAAUUUCAUGACAGCGAAAGAUAACUUCUAUCAGUCCUUCACUUCAGAGACCAGAGCAGGCAUCUUAGACCUUCUCAAAAACAAGUGCAGCACCCAGAGAGAUGGCGGGGUGUUCUUCAACAGUAAUCUGAGCUGUAUACUUGUGCACGCCUAAGUUUGUCCUGUGGAAGAAUUUUCUAAUAUUCAUAUAUAUUCGAAAAUAUCCACCACACUGACUCUGUAUGUGUAAUAUGCAGUAAUAAAGCAUGAUUUGACUAA